AUGAGUCAAUUUGUAACCGAGAUUGCUACGAUAUCUACAGUCCAACAUCGCAAUCUAGUGAAACUGUAUGGAUGCUACAUUGAAGGAAGCCACCGUACUUUGGUUUAUGAGUAUCUUGAAAACAAGAGCCUUGAUCAGGCACUUUUUUGUUUGAAGAACUCUAUCCUAGAUUGCCUGAGAAACGAGGUUUUACUGCCCUUGUACAAGGUGGACGAGUUGUACGAGGCCUACGAAUCAAAAGACAGUGUGGUUGAGAAGUAUUUGGAGGAGGUGAAAGCCGGCAAGUCCAAGAUUGCACCAGAUGCCUUGAUUCCGAAUCAAAACGUAAGAUAUGUGAAUCAUUGGAAUUUCGGGCAAGUGGCUGAGCUUCAGUGGAAGGCCAUGAUGGAAGGCAUAAAAAAGCAAGGCAAGAUAAACGACAAGAAGAUACUCAACAACUGCUUGGCUUCAGAACCACUGCACAAAACAUAUAUCAAAGCUCCACUUGUCGUUGUUGCUGCAGUAAAGAGAGGAGGGCAGGACUGCUCCGUUAUUGAAGAUAUUCAGCAUCUCCAGCGACAAUUGCUCCUUUACUCCUUCUGUGACAACGACACAGCAACAACAACCACAUCUCCUCUCCUCUCAGGCCCUCCUCCUUCUGUGAUGACGUAG